AACAGUAGAUUAAGCAAGAUAGUUUGUGGUCAAGGAAAAUGAUUUUUCUGUUGUUUUGUUGUUUAUCAGGAACCCUUGGUCAAAUGUGUAACUAUUCAGGACUUGAAGAUUGUGUUUUGAAGCCAUCUGUAAUAAAUUUUACGCAAAAGAUAAGUUCACCAAACUAUUACAAAACACGUAAUCCUCAAGAAGCCGUAGAGGAACAAUGUAGUAUCCAGUGGGAGCUAGUGUCGUGUUUUCAGGACAUAAAAAGGUGUGUACCUACAAAGAACCUCCCUUUGAAAUUUGACCUGCUGAUUUCUGCUACGAAAUAUAUGUGUGCGGAAGGGAAACAAGGAUUCAUUGAAAACUUUCAAUGUGUGAUGACCAACUUUGUGUGGGAUCAUAACAAUCUUCAGUCUUGUCAGAAAUACUAUCCAGAACUUAUCAACACAAAAAACACAAAAUUGAUUCUGAUGUUUUCAGUGAAAGGUGCAGAGUGUUAGAGAAAUUUAUGACCUGUGUUGAAGAUAAGGCCCAGACUCUGUGUGGUGGCAAAGCAGCAGCUUAUACACGUUCUUAUAUGGAAGCCUCGAUGAAACCUCUGACCAAGGGCAUUACUUGU